GGUUUAUAUGAAAUGGAUUUUGAUUAUCGUCAUUUGUACGAGAUUUGACCUUUUAUUCAGUAAAAUCCUUUGUUUUAAUUGUCGGUAAACUGAAAAACCUAUAAACUUCAUGUGACAGACUACACGAGUUUUCGAUAGCAUCGAUGAUUUAGAAAUAUCAAGUUGAGAUGAUUUGUUCAGCGUUUCACCGUAUUUUUCUCAAUAUCAAGAAGCUUUUAAAACUCUGAUUGUAGUUUGUGAAACUAACUGUGGUAGGUUUUCGAGUUUAAGAUACGUAAAAGUAUAGCUUCACCUAUUCAGAUGUAUUUCCAAUCUCAGGAUGAUAAGCUCACCUAGCUAUUCAAUGAACGUCAACAGAAUGAGUAUUCUCUUACAAAUUUAGCAUUACCAGUUACUUUAACAAAUUUUAAAAGUAUGAUGAGAAGACAUAGGUAAUCUCGAAAUCCAGUUUUACUUGUGUAAUACACUUCGAAUGAUCUCGUCACCAAUGUAACAUUAUGCAUGAAAUUUGCGAAGGUAAAUAAAUACACUAUAGAAGUUAGAAAUUUGAGGGAAAAGAAGGAAUUAUUAUGGAAAGAACAAGAAUUUGUUACAUUACAAUAUACAUUGAAUUUCAUUAAAGUUAACCAAAUCAGUGUCGUUGAUAUACAAAGUAAUAUAUGUCAAGUCACUGUUGUUAGUAACGGGAUUUUAAUUCUAAUCAACUCUCUUUGAUACUUAGGGAACUUCGGUAACAUCAAUCUAUAUCAAGAUUAUAUAAUUAGGCUUACAUAAUACAAUAACUUUACUAACAAAAACUAACUCCUGAUAAUAACUAUAACCCUCACUCUUACUUUUACAAUGACAUCAACCCUACUGUCUUACAACAUAACUGAACUAUAUGAAGGUAUUUAUUUCUGGACUAUUGUCUCAACAAACAACUUUUUUUAUACAUUUUCGAAUAAAUCACUGUUAAUGAUGAAUUUAUUUGGUGCAAAAUUAUUCAUUUACUGCAACAACAAAAAAAAUUCGGUUUUAUUAUUGGUCACAUUCAAUGAUCCAAUCGCAGUGUAUCACAAACAAGCACAGUUUACUGAAUUAUCUCAAACACUGAUAUCUAUGGUACUUAUCAAAGUAUUUGAAUGAUUAGGAUUUUAUUUAUUAAUUACCUUACUCCAUCAAAUCUAAUGUUUCAUGGUUCAAUGUAUUCAAUAUUAAUUGUAUAUUUACACUGUUAUGAAUAUUCACUGGUUAACCUGUUAACCACAGACCAUAUGAUCAAUGAAUUCAUAAGUGAUAACACUGAAGAAUAUGGAAAGUUGAUUUGGGGAAAUGAAUCCUACAGACAAUCUUAUCAUUAUUAUUAUACACAAUUGAUUAGAGUCGAUCAGUUGUCUCCAGUUCUAUUUAAUCAAUUUAAUAAAAGUUUAAUUCCUGCAAUAUCAUAUCUGGGUGUGAGUACUUUAUUCCCAAUAAAAUAUUAUGGUAUGCAAUAUGAUUCUGUGAAUAUACUAUCUAAAGGAAUCGUCGGUAUUGGAAAAUCAUUUCGUCAUUCCGGAGCAAUGAAAAAAAUUGAAGUUUUUAAUGGGAUGGAUAAAGAUGGUGGAGUGGAGAUAAUGAAUACUAACAAAUUUUUGGCUAUCAAAUGGAUUAAUUUAAGUAUUUCUACUUUACAUGAUGAUGAGCCGGAAGAGUAUGCCAUAGUGGCUUGCAUUAUAUACUCCAAUGGAAAUAUAUCAGUUUACUUUGAGAAGAUACCAACAGAAUUUGGAAACAAUGGAGGAAAAAUAAGUAUUACAGAUGGUUAUGAUUAUGCUACAUAUAAUGCAACUGGACUAUACAUCAUUAAAACUUCGUACAGUAAUAUUAAAACUCCGAAAAUCAUGAUAAGAUCUGGGACGUUGGUUGAAUUCGCCCCAAAUACAAUUUGUUCAGAGCAAAAAAUUUGUGAGACAUGUAUUAAAGCAUCCACUUUAAAUGAAAAAUGUUACUGGUGUCCAAUUGUCAAUAAAUGUAGUCAUGGAUUUGAUAUCCACAGGCCAAUAUGGAUGUUAAAAAACUGUUAUAUUAAAAACACUACAAAGUGUCAAGUGUCAACCACUUCAGUGUACAAACAGGAGCAUGGUCUGAGCAACAUGCGAACCACUGAGUAUUAUUCAAACAUUUUCCCUAACUACAGCUUUACAAACUAUGCAAAAACAACUCUUGAACUAUCAACAACAAAUUCAUUAAACUCUAAAACCACAAAAAAUGGAUUUCUGACUAACCAACUUCCAUCAUUUAUUUGGAAUUAUAGGAACCUAGACAAAAGUGGUAUCAGUCUCCCUUUAUACUCGUUCAUUUUAAUGCCAACUGCAUUAGCGGUCCUUUUUCUAAGUCUAAUGUGUGCUCUGUGGUUAUGUGUAUAUAAAAGAUCAAAAAAGAAAAAGAAAAGAAAAAUUCCAUACAAAAAUGAAUCAAUUUCACAAUCCAAUCAGUUUAAAUGAAUCAGAUACUGAUGUAAUUUUGUUCUAAUCCAAAAGAAUCCAGUAACCACUAUUUGAUUGAUCGUAAAUAUAGUUUUUUUUUUUAA